UACCUGCUGUUGCCCCUAGGACAAGAUGGCUGCGCUCAUCGCCGAGAACUUCCGCUUCCUCUCCUUGUUCUUCAAGAGCAAAGAUGUAAUGAUCUUCAACGGUUUGGUGGCCCUGGGCACAGUGGGGAGUGAGGAGCUCUUCUCAGUCGUUGCCUUCCACUGCCCCUGCUCCCCUGCUCGCAACUACAUCUAUGGGCUGGCUGCUAUUGGCGUCCCAGCCCUGGCCCUCUUCCUCAUUGGCGUCAUCUGGAACAACCACACCUGGAACCUGGUGGCCGAGUGCCACAAGCGUGGCGUCAAGAACUUCUCUGCUGCUGCCACCUUCCUCCUCUUUGGUUCCAUCAUGGGCCGGGCAGCUGUGGCACCCGUCACCUGGUCGGUCAUCUCGCUGCUGCGUGGGGAAGCUUACAUCUGCGCCCUCAGCGAGUUUGUUAAGCCGUCCUCCCUGGACAAGUUCCCAGCCGAGUCUGGGGCCGAAGUGUUGGCCAGGUUCCCCUGUAAAGACGUGCCAGCAAACCUCACCAAGUUCAGGGAGGAGGUGACGCGCAGGCUGAGAUACGAGUCCCAGCUUUUUGGCUGGCUGCUCAUCGGCAUCGUGGCAGUCCUGGUUUUCCUCACCAAGUGUCUGAAGCACUGCUGCUCUCCGCUGAGCUACCGCCAAGAGGCUUACUGGGCCCAGUACCGCUCCAGCGAGGACCAGCUCUUCCGACGCACAGCUGAGGUUCACUCCAGAAUCCUGGCAGCCAAGAAUGUGAAGCAGUUCUUUGGCUUUGUGGCCCUGAACAAGGAGGAGAAGGAGCUGGUGCAGGAGUUCCCAGUGGAGGGUGUCCAGCCAAGCCCCCAGUGGAAUGCCAUUACAGGUGUCUACAUCUACCGGGAGAACAAGGGCUUCCCCCUCUACAGCCGGCUCCACAAGUGGGCCAAGGGAGUGGAAGGGAAUGGGCCAAGCCCAGAAGCUCACGAAAUGCUCUUUUUGGCUUCCUAAGACAGAUGGGUACUGGAUGCUGCUCCCCAGACCACCUGGUAGCCUACCAGUAUUGGUGCACAGUUGAGGGAUUCACUGGGAAUAUUCCUCCCAGCAGGAUUAUUUCUCUCAGUGGGUAAACAGAGAUCAACAGCCUCAAGGCAGAGACUGAUAAGCAACACACUGAACACCUGGGAAACCUCUCCCUCAGAGACAACUAUCUCAUUGCUGCUCCCAAAUAUACAAGGGAAAUAAAUCAUCCUAUGAUCCUAUGGUUUAGUGUAGACCC